UUUUUUUUUUUUCUCUGCAAGAAUCUCCAGGGAAAUAGCUUAAGUAUAAGAAAGCAGAAAAAGAAGUGAAAGAUUUGAUUGUUUGUGAGUUUCUGACAAAUGGGGAAGUACAUAAGGAAGGCAAGAAAAACAGAGGAUGUAUCUCCUCUUGGUGUUCUUACAAGGGCUAAAGCUUUAGCUCUUAACGGCGGUGAUGGUGGGUCGUAUCUUGAGCUUCGGAGUAGAAGGCUGGUCAAACCCUUUGCGGUUCUUGAAGGGAGAAGACAGAAAAAUGGUGUUCCCAAAAAUCCCAAUUUGGUAAACCCUAACCCUAACCAAAUCCCUAAUGUUUGUGUGAAUUCUGAAGAGGGAAAGGGUGUUAAGGAAAUGGAAAAUCAGAAGGAGAAGGAGAAGAGCUGCUUGGGUCCUGAAGAUUCAUUUGGAGAAAAAUUGCUGGAAUUUGAAGGUAGAAAAAGGACCACCAGGGAGAGCACACCUUGCAGUUUGAUAAGGGAUUCAGACAACAUUCAGACCCCUGGUUCCAGUACUAGGCGUACUAAUGCAAAUGAGGCCAACGGCAGAGUACCAAACUCGAUUCAACCGACUAUCCCAACAGAUCUUGAAAUGGAUGAGUUUUUUACCCGUGCAGAAAAGGAGCAGCAGAGAAAAUUCAUCGAGAAGUACAACUUUGAUCCAGUGAACGACAAGCCUCUUCCCGGACGUUACGAAUGGGUGAAAGUAAAUCAUUAGACAUGGACAUAGAAGAGGGGGUUCCAAAUUACAACGUUCCAUCGGCCUCGUUUCAUCUUUAGGCUUUAGAUAAAGAUAGGAAACAAAUAGCAUGUAAGUUUUAGUUUUACAAAUGGUGUUGUGGGUGGUGAAACCUCUAUUUCCCCCUCACUCUCUGACUUGUAAAGUCUUUUAGAAGGUAGACUAAUAUGAUCUGUAACAUAACAGUUGCUUGUGACAUUAAAACAACAGAUACCAUUGACUCUAACAGAUCAUGAAAAAAAGGGAAAAAGACCCAAGGGUUGUUGUAGUAGUAGACUAAGUACUAGUCUUAGUAGUAGUAGUAGUAGUAGUGGUGGUGGUACAAAAGGGGGUAAGUAGGUGAUCUGCUAAUCUUUGUUUUGUUGAUAAAUUGUACUGAUGGAAAACUUGGUUUUAGACAUAUUCUGAAUAAAUUGACCCUCAAAAGUGUUUUUUUCCCUUC